AUUUGCUCCGAACCAGUCAAGACGAGAAGAUCAUGAGCCAAGCUUCGUUCGACGCGUUCGUGCAGAAGGCCGCAGUCUCGGUGCCCGUCGCCGGCUACCUCUACAACCAGGCCGAGAAGAGCUCGCUCAUCUGGAAGCGCCGCUACUGCGUCCUGCAGGAGAGCGCGCUCGCGAUCUUCUACUACGAGUCGGAAGAGGCGGCCGCCGAGGGCUCGCUCAAGGGCAAGAUCCCGUACUGCUCGGUGCACGACUGGGACGGCAAGCCGCAUGGCUUCCAGUUUUACACGCCCACGAACAAGUGCUUCCGCGUCUACUGCGACUCGGACGACGAGCGCAACAAGUGGAUGACGUCGAUGCAGGCGCAGCUCGACAAUGCGCCCGAAGUCGCUGACGGCGAGCUUGCGCCGUAUGCGCGCAACGGCGCGGCGUCGCCGACGGGCUCGCCCCGCGCCGCGGGGUCGUUCCGCACGCUCCGCGCCGACUCGUGGCGCGGCGAAGACGCCGACCUCCCGAUCCUCCUCACCGAGCUCGAAGACCUCCGCUCGCAGGUCUCGACGCUCCGCUCGGAGCUCGCCGUGUACGAGAAGACGGACAAGACCGUCUCGGACGUGCGCGCGCGUGGCGGUCGCCAGCGCCGUGGCAGUGUGUUGGAGGACGGCACGCCGAUCGCGCUCGAGCCGCGCGAGAUGGAGCGCAUGAAGCAGAUCUUCUCGCUCUUCGACUCGAACAGCAACGGCAGCAUCAACGCGUCCGACUUGCAGAAGCUCCAUGCGCGCCUCGGUGAGCCCAUCACAGACAUUGAGGCCCAGGAGGCGCUUGCGUACAUGAACCCGGUCGAGGGCAACGUCAACUUUGUGUCGUUCAUGAAGUGGUGGAACGAAGACCACAAGAACGAGAACCCGAGCGAGGCGAUGCAGCGCUACCAGGCCAAGUUCAAGUUCCUCAAGGCCCGCAUCGCCAACCCGGCGAUCGGCAACAUUGAGACCGAGAUGACGGGUCCGUGCCCGUCGUUCGAGUUCCGCGUCAACUUUGUGUACCACCACCGCGACGGCUCCAAGGUCCGCAUCUCGCCGUGGCACGACAUUCCGCUCUACAACGCGGACGGCAGCGUCAACUUCGUGUGCGAGAUCCCCAAGUGGAGCCGCAAGAAGUUUGAGAUCGCGACGGGCGAGCCCUUCAACCCGAUCAAGCAGGACACGAAGAACGGCAAGCUGCGCGAGUACGGCUGGGGCGACAUGAUGUUCAACUACGGCGCCCUCCCGCAGACGUGGGAAGACCCGAACCACAUCACGGAAGGCACGGGCUGCGGCGGCGACAACGAUCCGCUCGACGUCAUUGAGAUCGGUACCAAGAAGUGGAACGUCGGCUCCAUCGUGCAGGUCAAGGUCCUCGGUGUGCUCGCGCUCAUUGACGACAACGAGACGGACUGGAAGGUCAUUUGCAUCAACGUGGAGGACCACUACGCCUCCAAGAUCCACGACGUGGCGGAUAUUGAGGCGCACAUGCCGGGCUGCAUCGCCGCGAUCCACGACUGGCUCCGCGACUACAAGAUGCCGAGCAUCAACCAGUUUGCGUACGACGGCAAGUGCAUGAACCGCGACUUUGCCGAGUCGGUCGUCGCCGAGACGCACGAGUUCUGGAAGCUCCUCGUCGAAGAGCGCGGUGGCCAGGCCAUGGUCUAAUCUCAGCAGCAGCAGUAGCACACUCCUCAAUUCACAUUGCUUUAUAUAACAACCAC